AUGGCGGCUUCCUCGUUCUGCCCACCCAACAAGGUCAUGAUCUAUGAAGAUCGCCAGUCCCGCUGCGUCAGUGAGCGCUGGUUCCGGUCUGAGGUCAAGUCGGUCAGGCUCCACCAAGAUCGAAUCGUAGUUGUUCUUCUCCACAAGAUCGUCGUCUUCAAUUUCUAUGAUUACAAGCAGUUUGAUACGAUUGUGACCGUGGAAAACCCUAAGGGUCUGUGUGAGGUAGAGCAAAAGUCCAGGCCGGCGGUGCUGGCGUAUCCGGGGCUCCACCAGGAUCAAAUUCGGGUCGAGCAUUACGGGUUGAGCAUUCGGGUGAGGAUUCUUGGAUUGGAGAUCAUCUUGGGUUUGGUUUUGGGAGAUCAUUUAGUGGUCGAGAAUGAGAACAACGGAUUCAUCAACCUCAUAUGUCCCUAUCUCAGAUGUGAAUUUGAAAUGGUUAAUUUGUAUUGUAUGAAUCUGAAUUUGUUAUAG